AUGAGUGGAGCAAAGCUAUUUGGCUCCUUCCUAAAUGAUCUGGGAUUGUAGCUGAAUUUGAGGAGAUACCUGGUUAUUCAGACCAGCAAAAAGCUAAGCAACUUGCAAAUACUUUCAAAAGGAUCUCUACAAAAUAGGUAGAUAAACUGUCCUGGGAAAAAUUGCAUUGACCAUGAAUGUUCAGUGCCAAAUGAGAACUCAGUAAUGAAGAAAUGCCAUGCUAGAAAACAAUGCUAUUUUACUGGAUUAUUCUGCUAUUAAUGAAAAGUGCAGAAUCCAGAGAGUUUAACAUUACAGGAUGUCUUCAAAAACCCAGUGAUGUGAGGUAUCAAGCCAUUAGUGACCAGAAAUUUGUUGUAUCCUGUGACUUACCAUCUGAGGACCCCACCGUGAUCUUCAACUCUUCUCAUCUCUAUGAAAGCCAGGUGCAGUGGUUCUGGCAACCAAGUGAUGGAGGAGAUGAAACAGUCUUCAAAAAUGCAACCAGCAAUCCUACUCUUAGGGGGAAUGCCCUUUGGUUUGAUCCUCUUGAAGUUCAACAUUCUGGCACAUAUGUCUGCAUCAAUAGGGAAAAGAUAUCACCAUGCAUCAAUAUUUUUAUAGUUGUUGGAACAAAAGAGGUGGUCAAUUGCUCAGGUAAAAGCGUGAAUGAGAAAUAUCUAUUUAUUUCUCAAGGAACAUCUAUUUCUUGCCCAGGAAAAGAUUGUUACCAUAAUUUUCAGCAUUCAUCAGUUAAAUGGUACAAGAAUGGAAGAAAAAUAAAUCAUGAUAAGAUCAAAAGACCUGACCUACAGUUAAAGGAAGAUAAACUGAUAUUACCUACAGUCUAUGACAAAGAUAAUGGUACUUACGUGUGUGAUUACACACUGGUUGAUAACAAUGUUCAGUGGCAAGUGAGAACAAUAGUUGAUGUCAUUAUUAUCGCGAAAGACACUCUGAAUCCUCCUACAGUUUUGUAUCCCAGCGGUGUGACAAUCCUGGAAGUAGAACUUGGACAAUAUGUUGAGCUUGAGUGCAAAGCCAAGUUUGGAUUUGAAAUGAAUGCCUCAUCUUCAAUACAGUGGUACAUAGAAACUAGUGAAAAUAAGGUACUAGCGUCUAAAAAAAGGGUUCAUCCAAAGGGACUAGAAGGCCAAAUCUUUAAUAAUGUUUUCACCCUGAUGGAAAUAAGGGAAGAAGAUUUAAGAUGCCAUUUCAUUUGCUUGGCUCAAAACUCCAUUGGCUACUCCACUGGCAUGUUCAGGCUUGAGAGAAAAACAGAAAGAGGUAUCUAUUUCCUUCUGGUUUUGUGCUGUACCAUCACAACACUUCUUGGAAUCAUUUUGGGAAGUACACUGGCUUACUGGCGCUGGAUUGAUCUAGUGCUUCUUUAUCGGUAUUACCUGGCCAAAGAUGAAACCAUAGGGGAUUGCAAGGAAUAUGAUGCAUUUGUAUCCUAUGCAAAGCCAGAUUCUUCUCUGGUAGAUAAAGCACUGUGCAAUGAGGAACAUUUUGCCUUGGAGUUUCUUCCUCAGAUUUUAGAAAAUGAAUAUGGCUAUACGCUGUGUCUUAAGGAAAGGAACAUUCUUCCAGGAGGAGCAUACACUGACGACAUUGUAAAUGCUCUCCGAAGGAGUAGGCGGGCUAUAAUGGUGCUGAGUCCCAGAUAUUUCAAAAAUACAGAGUCCCUCUUUGAACUUGAAGCAGCGGUUAGCACUGUGCUGGAUGAUAAAACCAUCAAACUCAUCCUAAUUCAGUUUGAGCCUUUCCAGGAGCCACAAUUAUUACCUCAGAAAGUGAAGAAAGUUCUCAAGAUUUUGCCCAGGAUUACUUGGGAAGCAUCUACUUCUUCUACUUCUAAUAAGCUAUUCUCAAAAAAACUGUGGUAUUGCAUGCCAGUUAAACAUACCAUAAGAGCUAAAGCCAGGAAGGCUAUGGGACAAUGGAUGUAAAAAUAUUUUUUUCCUAAAUAAUUCAGGAGGCAUUGCCAGUUUGAAUAGACAACACUAGACUGAGUGAAUGGUGAAGAUCAGUAUCACAGUUUCAAAGGUUAUUGUUUUGAUUGUAAAAUCCAUAAUCUCUGCCCAAACAACAUGGACAGUUAGGUAAGAUGUGUUGGUUAGGGAUCCUGGGUCAAACAAUAACAAUGAAUACUUUUGCUCACCACAGAGAAACUUUGCAGGUUAAAGUUUGAUUAUCUUUCAUGUAUCAAUAGUAAUAUAAAAUUCUUAUUGAAAUAUUACAAGUAUUUUGUACUGUGAAAAGCAGUUAGUAUAUUUAUAAGCGGUGUUUAUAUAUAUACUGGCCUUAUGCAAAUUUAUUAUUCCUAUAUUUGUUGUUGUUGGAGAAGUAGUGUUGUGUUUUGUAUUGUUUUGUGAGGUUGUGUUUUGAACUUUUACAUAUUUCAAUUAUGUGCCUUCAAUUGUUUGAAACAGUAACAACAAUUGUUUUUAUUGAAUAUUAAAUAUAUUUAUAUCAUAUCAUAGUUGUGCUAUUAUAGGAUAUUUAUUUUAAAAAUAAAAUCUACAUUUAUUUUGCUUUUAUCCUACCUUGUGUUUUCUG